AUGAACAAUCUGGCCUUGGCCUUGCAGGUGGGAGCCGUGUCCCGGCUGUGUGAAGUGCUGCGGGUGCUGCAGGAGGAGCAGGAGCAGUGCCUGCGGGAGCUCUUGGAGGAGAGAAUGAGAGACCCUCACCCAGAACCGCCAGUGCCAGGCUGCAAGGGGCUGUGGGACAAGAUGAGCUGCUGGCCGUCAGCUGUGGCAGGACAGACGGUGGAAGUGGAGUGUCCGCGGUUCCUCCGGCUGCUCACAGACAGAAGCAGAAACGGUUCCAUCUUCCGAAACUGCACUCCAGACGGCUGGUCAGAAACUUUCCCCAGGCCUGACCUGGCCUGUGGGAUCAGCGUGAACAGCUCGUCCAGCAAUGAGAAGCGGCACAAGUACCUGCUGAAGCUGAAGGUCAUGUACACUGUGGGCUACAGCUCCUCCCUGGUGAUGCUCCUGAUUGCUCUCAGCAUCCUCUGUGCUUUCCGGAGGCUCCAUUGCACCCGCAACUACAUCCACAUGCACCUGUUUGUAUCCUUCAUCCUGCGUGCCCUGUCCAACUUCAUCAAGGACGCCGUGCUGUUCUCCAAUGAUGACACCCGCUGCGAUGUUCACAGGGUGGGCUGUAAGCUGGUGAUGGUGUUCUUCCAGUACUGCAUCUUGGCCAACUACGCCUGGCUGCUAGUGGAAGGCCUCUACCUCCACACACUGCUCAGCAUCUCCUUCUUCUCAGAAAGGAAGUACCUGCAGGGAUUCGUUGCCCUCGGCUGGGGUUCCCCGGCUGUCUUUGUUGCUUUGUGGGCCAUCACCAGGAAGUUUUGGGAGGACACUGGGUGCUGGGACAUCAAGUCCAAUGAGGCCAUCUGGUGGGUCAUUCGAGGGCCCGUGACCCUCUCUGUUCUGAUUAAUUUCAUCCUUUUUAUUAACAUCCUGAGAAUCCUGAUGAGGAAACUUAGGAGCCAAGAAACAAGAGGACGCGAAGCAAGCCAUUAUAAGCGCCUGGCCAAGUCUACCCUCUUGCUGAUCCCCCUCUUCGGAAUCCACUACAUCGUCUUCUCCUUCUCCCCGGCGAACGCCAUGGAAGUCCAGCUGUUCUUCGAAUUGGCUCUUGGCUCAUUCCAGGGUCUGGUGGUGGCCUUCCUGUACUGCUUCCUCAACGGGGAGGUGCAGCUGGAGGUUCAGAAGAAGUGGCGGCAGUGGCACGUCCAUGACCUCCCCUUGCGCCCCCCGGUCCUCAGCUCCUCCUUCAGCAACGGCACCAGUGACCUCACCCACAGCACCAAGGCCAGUCCCCUGGAGGCGGCCCGGGGAUCCUUCCGGGCCAGCGUGAUCUGA